GGCGCUACAUCAGUUGAAUGGUCAGUCGUCACUCUUCUUGGCGAGUGACUCUUUUUGGACCAAACAGACGAUUAAAUGUCGUCUGCCAGUAAAGCGAAAAUUGUUUUAGCAACCAUCAUGAAGGCCAUUCGUGUCAACCAAUUUGGCGGUCCAGAGGUCCUUAAAAUGCAGGGAGAUGUCCCAAUCCCUCAACCUUCACCUAACCAGGUAUUGAUUAAAGUACAAGCAGCCGGUGUGAAUCCAGUAGAGACGUACAUCCGCUCCGGUGUUUAUUCCAAGCUACCAACCCUCCCAUGGACCCCUGGACACGAUAGCGCUGGUACUGUAGAGGAAGUGGGGUCGGGGGUCACCAAAGUCAAGCCUGGUGACAGAGUUUUCACCAAAGGGACAAUAUCAGGUUCCUAUGCAGAAUACACACUGGCAGAGAGUUCAUGUGUAUUCGGUCUGGAUGCCAAGCUAGAUUUCAAGCAAGGCGCAGCACUAGGUAUCCCCUAUUGGACAGCAUACAGGGCCGUUAUUCAGCGAGCUCACGCUAAGCCGGGCAUGACGGUUUUGGUUCACGGAGCGAGUGGCUCGGUUGGCGUAGGAUCAGUUCAAAUCAGCCGAGCAUAUGGAAUGACUGUAAUAGGCACAGCAGGAUCAGAGCAAGGGAUGAAACUGGUACAGGACGUUGGAGCUCAUCAUGUAUUUAAUCACAGGCAAGCUGGAUAUACUGACAAGAUAAUGGAAGCGACAGGUGGCAGAGGGGUCGAUGUUGUGAUUGAGAUGCUGGCAAACGUCAAUCUACAAAAAGAUCUGGAAAUGUUGGCAUAUGGCGGAACUGUGGCUGUUGUUGGUAAUCGAGGGAGCAUUGAGAUUAAUCCCAGACUCACCAUGGGGAAGGAAGCCUCCAUCGUCGGAGUCAUGGCUGGUGUGUUCAAGGAGGCGGAGUUUAACGAAGCGUCUUCAGCUAUUCUCGCUGGCAUUGAGAGCGGUUGGUUAAAACCCUUCGUAGGGAAGGAAUACCCUCUCCAAGAUGCUUCAGGAGCUCAUGAUGACAUCAUCAAGACAACAUCAGCUCAAGGAAGAAUGGUUCUUAUUCCGUAAAGGGCUGAAAGAAUAUCUCCAGUUUCUAAAACCUUAAAGGCACUGGACACCUUUGGUAACUGUCAAAGACCAGUCUUCUCACUUAGUGUAUCCCAACAUAUGC